ACUUUAUCCCUUGCAUGCGACAUGGCAUAUUUCUAUAUCUCUCUUUCUCUCUGAACGUAGACGUGUUAAAAAUCUCUUUACAAAUAAAACGAUUUUAAAUAGGGAAAUAGUAAGAGAAAGUGCUAAAAAGUUAAUAAAUAUAGAGUGAUUCAGACAAGAUGUAGCUAUGAGUAUUAUCUAGCUGAAAUAUGAUGAUUUGUGAACAUAAAAAGUGUAUUUAUUGUGCGAGAUAGAUACUGAAGUCUCGUAAGACAGGUAGAUAUUAGACGGCGAGCAUAAGAGUACUAACGUGAGGAAGAAUAAAAUUCACGAAUCAUCAGGGUUGGAGUUUCUAAAUAAAGUUUCUAAAUAAAGUAUAUAUUUGUUAUACUUAUUUCUGUCGAGCCGCGGAAAGAGGACCGAUUUCGAAGGAUUUCUUUCAACGUGAUUUAAUGCAUAGAAGCGAACAGUGAUUUCUUCAGCCAUUACCCAAUCCUGCGAAUCAUUGUACUGAUAGUAUCAGCUUCGGUCGACAAUUAUCAGUAUUAUUGAUGACGAAUAUGUCGAUUAACGAUAUCAAUGCUUGGCAUGUAAAAAGGCAAUAAAGAGCACUGGGAUAGCAUGUAAAACAUGCAUGAAGCUUUUUUAUUUUUAUUAUCCUGAAUGUUAAAAGUCUUAAAAAAGUCGAUAUGGAAGAGGUACCAACACCAACGACAAGCCGAGACAGGCUAGGAUCUUCAGAAUCUGCAGAAUCGAUAUCAAACAGUGAAAAUAAAACAUUAGCUGUGAGUGGCUCAUCGAAUAUUGAUGUAAAGAUAGAUAGCCUUCUGAAAUAUAUGGAGGAAAUAAAGAAUGAGACAACAAGCAAGAAGGAAAUCAAAAUAAUGAUUAAAGAAGCAGUUCGAGAAGAAAUAGAACCUAUUAAACAAGAAUUGGGAGAUUUAAGAAGAAUGAUGCCAGGAGCAGCUGGUGGGUCAAUAGGAGAAGAGCAAAGAAGCUACAGUGAAGCAGCCAAAGAGAAGAAGAAAGAAGAGCUAAUACUAUAUACAAAUGUGCGUAGUUUGAUGAAGAAUAAGGACAAGAUACAUCAGAUUAUGAAGAAAAAUCCUGCAUUGAUAGCGCUGUCUGAGACCAGAUUAACUACAAAAAUUAAAGACGCUGAAGUGAAUGUAUCGGGUUAUCAUAUGGUCAGAUGUGAUGCUGAAACGGGAUAUACAGGAGGAGUUAUUAUAUAUAUUAGGCAUGAUAUUGAAUAUGAGGAAGUAUUGAAUGGAAAGUUAGACUCGAAGUGCUGGUGUGCUGCGAUAAAAAUAAAAGAGAAAAUGUAUAAAGGUGUUAUAAUGGUACUUUAUAAUUCACCGAAAACAAAAGCAAGUGAUUUUAGAGAAUUUCUAGAGGAUAUAGUAGAAAAAUUAAUAGAAAGAAGAGGAGAAUGUAUGGUAAUAGGAGACUUUAAUAUAAAUUUUAAGAAUGACUCGAUUAAUAUGAAGAAAUUAAAAACAAUAAUGCUAAACGUAGGUAUGAAACAAUAUGUUAAUAGAUCAACAAGAAUUACAAAACAAACCGAAACAAUGAUAGAUUUAGUCUUUGCUAAUAAGGAGGUAGAAGUACAAGUAGAUCAUGAAUCUAAAAUAGCGGAUCAUUCAUGGUUAAAAGUGGAACUGAAUGGGAAUAGAUCGGAGAAUAAAUAUAAAAAAUACAGUGCUAGGGAUUAUAAACAAUUUAAAAUAGACGAUUUUCGUAGAUUUUUUAUUAAUAAUCUGGAACAAAUUCGCGAUUUGAAUAUCAGUGACAGAGUUGCAAAAUUUGAAGAUAACAUGAAACAUAUACUGGAUAAUACAAUACCUGAAAAAGAAUUCAUUAAAAUUCCAAUAACAUGGAAUAAGGAAUGUGAUGAUACGGAACAAAAUUGGUUGCAAUUUAAAACUGAAAAAAAUGCAGUAGUUGAAUUAAUUAAGAAAAAAGAAUAUUACGAAAAUAUGAUAGAUCUUAAUAAGGAUAAUCCUUCAAAUAUAUGGAAAAUCUUGAAAGAGAUGGUAAGAGGUGAGCCAAUUGGCAAUAAGGAAACUGAAGCUAUAGAUUUUGAAAUAUUAGAUAACGUUGAUGGCUGCAACAUAGCCGAUAAAUUUAAUUUAUAUUACAUACAAAAUAUUAAUAAUAUAAUAAAUUCAAUAAAUAGGGAUAAAUACAGAAGAACUGUCGAAAUUGAAAAUGAGGAACCGGAUGAAUUUAUGAAAAUUGACAUAGAGUAUUUGAAUGAGAAUAUUAUGAAAUUAUUAAAAAGUUAUUGUGCAAGUGAAAAGGCUACGAAAGAGCAAAUAAAAAUAAUUAGCGAUGUGUUACAAAAGAUGUGGAAUAUAAUAAAUGAAGAGGUAGUUGAUAUAAUAAAUACUUUCUUAAGGGAAGGGUGUUGUCCAGAAACAUGCAAAACAUCCAUAAUCAUACCGAUUCCAAAAAUAGAAAACGCGAAAAAAGCGAGUGAAUAUAGAUCUAUUCAUGAGUUAUUAAUAUGGCAAGAAGUUUUAGAGUUAGCAGUAAAAAGGCAAAUUGAAAUAUAUUUGACUGAUAACGAUAUUAUAACAGAACAUCAGUUAGGUUUUAGGGAACAAUAUUCGGAUGAAAUCCAAAUCGUCAUCAACGAAUGGAAAAUAAUUAGAAAAAAAAGAAAAAUGAUAGGAGUAAUUUUUAUGAACCUUAAACGGGCUUUUGAAACAAUAGAUAGAGAAAUAUUAUUAGAAAAAUUAUAUCUAUAUGGAAUUAAGGGAAAGGUAUUAAAGUGGUUAAAAUCGUACUUAGAGGGUAGAAAACAGCAGGUUCGAUUUAAUAAUAAAUUGUCAAAGUUAUUAGAUACGAAAUAUGGAAUACCUCAGGGAUCUGUAUUAGGGCGUUUAUUAUUUAUAAUAUAUAUAAAUAAUAUAAUUGAAGUAUGCCCAGAAGAAUGCAGUAUAAAAAUUUUUGCAGAUAAUUAUAUACUAAUAUAUGUGACUGGUGAAAGUAGUGAGGACUUAGAGGAAAAAAUGAAUAUGGUAUUUAAUAAAGUAGAAAAGUGGAUGAAUAUAAAUCAGUUAAAAAUAAAUACAGAGAAAACAAAAUUUAUGAUAGUAAAUUAUGAUAGUAAAGUUAAAGGUAGAACACAAGAACAAAUAAAAGAUGUUAUAGUGAAGUGUUUAGAUGGAACUGAAAUAGAGCGUGAAAAAAAAAAAAAAUUUUUUGGUAUAAUUAUUGAUGAUAAACUACAAUUUAAAAAUCACUGUAAUUAUAUACUAAAGAAGAUAGGAAAAAAAACGAGUUUCUUAAAUAGAAUUGGUAGUUUUGUAGUUUUGUUUUCCGAUUGCACCAAGCGUAUUAUAUAUAAAUCAAUUAUAUCACCUCACUUUAAAUAUUGCGAGACACUAUUGAUUGAUAAUCCAGAACAACUGAGUGAAUUACGAAAAGCACAAAAUCGAGCCAUGAGAGCUAUAUUACAAUGUGACAGAUCUACCGAAAACAUGCAACGAACGGAAUACAUGCUGAAAGAGCUGCAGUCCGUAGAAUAGAGGUUAUAUUAUAAAGUGCAUACAUUUAUCUUUAAAAAUAAGAAAAAUAAGUUUCUUUAUCAAGUGUACAAUGCCUUAUCAUUUAAGGUAAAGGAAAAGUUGCGAAAGAGUUAAACAUUUAAGCGGAUGCUAAAAGAUUAUGUUUUAAAAUAGAUAAGAAAACUAAUAAUAAAUAAAUCAAUCAAUCGAUCUCUAUCGUUCGAUCUCAUCUCCAUUGCUCUGUGUGUUUUCUAUUUCUCAAUUUCCUCCUCUCUCUUUCUUUCUGUUUUUAUUCUGGCAAAACUUUGUAACUUAAAUUAAUUAAUUAUAUUUUUUAACUUAAAAUUAUAGAUUUCAGUAAAUACAUACUAUACGUUACAUGUUAAGACAUUAUGCGGAAAAAGUAUCGUCUUAAUAUCCAAUAUAACAUAUGUUUACAACAAAGCGUAAUUAAGAAUUAAGAUUCGUUAUAAUGAUAUCGUAAUAUGAUACGAUAAUAAUCUUGUAUAUGUAGAUGCAAACUUUCGAUAAAGAAAUGGCGAACAAAAAA